AUGUUGCUAUACUGGAGUCGGGCUGAGAAGCCAGGCGACUCGAGGCAAAGCCGCCCCCAUCCCAUUCUCAAUACCCUUCCUAAGGUCGUUCAGGCGAAGAAAAAAGGACCGACGACUAACGAUCUAUGUCGCCUGUGGAGGAAGAUCGGAGCAUCGAGUUCUGAUGGCGACGCGGGGUCGGCUGGAGGUGCUUGGCUCUGGAGGUGGUCGUCUGGUCCUGGGAUCGACCGGAGACGUUCUACUUCUUCAUUUUCACUUUUCCUUUUCGCGUGUGGAACGAAUUUAAGCACCAAUCCUUUUCCUCCUCAUUCUCUUCUUGCUGAGUCGCCGACACUGAAAACGAUGAGGGCGAGAGGGUUGUUCAUCGAUGGAUUCCGGUGGUAUGGUAACCGCUAUGGUGAAGGUGGGGGUCGUCGGGUGGUCUGGUCGCCGGUGAUGUUGAUCCUCGGAAUGAAUCAGGUAGUGACUGGUGCUGCUUCGGUUCCAGUCGACCAUAAUGGUCGAGGAACAGGUCCCACUUGCCGGAGCCUGAAGUACCCGAUGGUAACCGGUAGUGUAGUUCCGACUGGCAUUGAAAGGUCGAGAAAGCAGGGUCGAAGAUUCUUUCGGUUGCUACUUUUGUUUCCGACGGUCGACAGGUGGUCGACGGUAGUAGUGUUUGGUGACUAUGUGGACCCACCUUUUGACUUUUCUGCCAGCUCCUUUGACUGA